UCAUACCGGUGGAGGGCUGUGUGUAGCUAAACUCGGGGCUUUCGUUGGAGUGGCUGCACACAAUACAUCAUCCUAAAGACUUUCUAUAUCUAUUCUCUCAACAAAUGGAAGUGGAUAGUUUUACACCCAGCAGCGGAAUGUCUGUGGAGAAUCCCAGCGCUGACGCAGGGGUUACCAGCGCAGACAUACGAUGGCUCGGUGGCAAGAUCUGGGAUGUAUCGGACGGGUUUGUUGGAGGUCUGUCCCCUAGAAUGGGAGAGCAGGACUUCGCGACGUCAUUACUCAGAAGUGCUACGGAGCAGUCUGGAAAUGAAGCCGAUAUCGACUACGAAGGCCUCCCACAGGGAGCAUCCACUACUACGCACAUGUUGGCGGGCGCCGUCGCAGGAAUAAUGGAACACUGUCUUAUGUACCCUAUCGACUGUGUAAAGACGCGGAUGCAGAGUCUGCAGCCAGCCCCGGGAGCGUGUUACCGUAACGUAAUGGACGCGUUGCGACAGAUUGUGCGGACGGAAGGCUUGUUGCGGCCCGUGAGGGGCUUGAACGUCACGGCGAUAGGGGCCGGCCCCGCCCAUGCCAUGUACUUUGCCUGCUAUGAGAAACUCAAAUGGACCAUCAGUGACGUUGUACACCCAGGCGCCAACAGCCACUUUGCCAACGGACUGGCAGGAUGUGUGGCCACGCUACUGCAUGAUGCUGUAAUGAACCCUGCUGAAGUGGUGAAGCAGAGAAUGCAGAUGUACAAUUCUCCGUACCGAGGUGUGUUGGACUGCAUCGGCGCGGUGUGGCAUAAAGAAGGUGCUGGCGCGUUCUACCGUAGCUACACCACCCAGCUGACCAUGAACGUACCCUUCCAGGCUCUCCAUUUUAUGACUUACGAAUAUCUUCAGGAACUGCUCAACCCUCACAGACACUACAACCCAGCGUCGCACGUGGUCUCGGGGGCUUUGGCGGGCGCGGUGGCCGCAGCGGCGACCACUCCGCUCGACGUCUGUAAGACUCUCCUGAACACCCAGGAGUCGCUGGCGCUCCAGACCUCCGCCACCACGGCAACGACAACAACGGCCACAACGACAGCGGCCACGGCAACAGGCGCCAGACACAUCUCGGGACUGGGGCACGCCUUCCAGACGGUGUACAGGAUGGGGGGACCCACCGCGUUCUUCAAGGGGGUUCAGGCGCGAGUCAUAUACCAAAUGCCCUCUACUGCCAUUAGCUGGUCCGUCUACGAGUUUUUCAAAUACAUUAUAACAAAACGUCAGCACGAGAAGAGGCUCAGGGAUGGGGAGAAAUAGAAUAGAUUAGACUUUUAUCAACCCCCCUCCCCCAGCACGCACA